AUGAAAUACUUUGUGUCACUUUUUAAUUUUUUCAUAUGUUUUCUCUUAAUAUUUAAAUAUUCACAAAAGAAUAUAUUAGAGAAAAGCCGUCAAUAUAAAUUCAACAAAUCGAUCAUAACAAAAUAUAUAAAAACCAGAACACUAACAGAAAAUUAUAAACCAUGUGACAUUAAAUAUAUGAAUACGUCAAUAUUUAGUGGAAAUAAAAAUCCACAAAAAAGAGAAAAAAAAUUAAAGGCCAAAAAGAAAGAACUGAAAGAAAAAAAAAAGGACAAUAUAAAAGAAGAUAAUAAUAAUAAUAAGGAAAAUGAGACAGAAAAGAAUAUGAAAAAUAAUAUGGAAAAUAAUAUGGAAGACCAUGUGGACGACCAUGUGGAUGAUGUACUAGAACAUCAUAAUUCACUAGAAGAUAUCAUAAAAGAAUAUUAUGAAUUUACAGACCCAUCAAUUGAUGAAGAAAAUAAAUCAUUUUUUAAAAAACUUAAAUUUA